GCUGCGACGCGUUUCCGGCCUCGAUUAAUUCCUCCAUGCUCCUACAAUAGUAGGUUUCUCUCGACACCGAAGGCGAUUUAAAGCACGAAACGCCGGUAAAAACCACAGCGACCAUGUUCAAACUGGAAGGACUGGGACCUAAAAUGGAUCCGGAGGAGAUGAAGAAGAAAAUGCGACAGGACGUGAUCUCAUCUUUGAGAAACUUUCUUAUUUACGUCGCCCUUCUUAGAGCCACUCCUUAUGUGUUGAAGAAGCUGGACAGCAUAUGAGUGGAGCAGCGGAUUUGUUCCGUCCUCCAUCCACUGAGAGUUUACGUCAUCAGAGAUGAGCAAGUGCCAUCAUCACGAGCACCAGCUGGGGCCGUGACAGCAUUAUCCCGAGGGAGAUGACCAACACCUGCCCAUCACUGUGUCAGAGAAACCUAAACUUCUCAUUUCUUUUCUCAUUCCUUGUUGUAAACUAUGGUCUGCCUGUUUUUUUUUUGUUAUAUCUGUUUUUUGUUUAAUAAAUUAUAAACAUUAAAUGCAGAGUUUGACAAUGUACAGACUUCCUGUAUUAUUCAAUAAAGACAAACCAUGUUGAAUCUGA